UUUUUAUAAACAAAUGUAAUUGCUUCGUAUUUGGAGAUUAAAUAUUCUCUGAAAGCAUUUUUUUUAUUUUGGAAUUAUAUAUUUUUUUUGGCUUGAAAGAAUUUAUACAGCAAAGAGUGUGAAGUAUGAAUGAAUCAGAUAUGUCCAAAAGUAUUGAAGAUACUGAUCAUGAGAAGCAAGUAUAUUUGGUUACAAAUAAAAUAAUGGAUAAGGUCAUUUCAACAAAACCAAGAAAAAUUAUUUAUUCUGAUGAUGAAACACCUCAAACGAGCGAUUCCAAUUCUGAGGUGAAGAUUAUUUCAAAAUUUUACAGAGAUCGCAAAGAAACAGAAAAUGUGAAGUACUCAAGUUGUUUUCCAGAACAUUGGUUUUGUGGUCCUGACAACAAUUAUGAUCCAAAAAAUUCGCAUCAAGAAGAUAAGAGAAAAGAUCUCGCACUGGAAGCUUUCAAAAGAAAAAUUCAUUACUUAGGCGUAAAGCACUAUCCGGUUCGCUGUCCUGUUGACGCUUGUAACGAAGCUUUUGACCCAGAUGAACUCUUGAGUCACAUAUUCUACAAGCAUACAACAGAUAACGUUAUCAGAAGAUAUGGAAUAAAUGAAAUUCACAACAAUCAGACGGCUAAAAUGCACUUCAAAGACACUGAUUUACAGCCGACUAAAGCUGUUUGCAUUGGGUGUGUGUUAUACGUGUCUGCUGUUAAAAAGAGCAUCAUCAUUCCACCUGAUCUUCCAUUUUGCAAUGCUAACACAUUUCUUCAUCAAAAAUACGCCAAAUACAAAAACCAUGCUCCAAUCAUGAUAAUGGCCAGUUUGACAACAUGGGCUGCUUUGCUUUUAUCAAAGCCACUCAAAGUGAAAUGCAAAGCAGAUAAAGUUCAAGAUCCGUCGUUGCUAUUGACAGUAAUUUGGUUGGUAGGUACCAAAAUUAACAAGCCGUUCAAUGUGUGUUUAACACUGUUCAGUGAAAAUAUGCUGAAUUCAAAGAGUGCUAUUUUAAAGGUGAGGCCAAUUUAUGAGGCACAAAAACCUUGUCACUUUCUACGUCACCACAUCAAUUACAUGUUGCUGAGCAAAGGGGAGUUGGAUUUGCUGAGUAACAAUGGAAGAACCAACAUUAAAAUUGAGUUCACUCCAAGCGAAGAAGUUGAAUAAAAAAUCAUCAUCAAUAAAAUUAAGAAUAUAUUUUAGUAGUCAACUAUUUA